CGUAAAGCAAUGGACUAGAUGACAAUAAUGAUAUGAGAUAACUGAACACAGUAACGGUACUUUACAGAAAUUUCUCAAUCUGAAGCUGUUAAAUCCCGAUAAAGUUUGAUAUUUCCAAUUUGCCAACCUCUCACUCGUCGCCACGUCCAAGCAAAGUGUUUUUAUUUAAUACUCAGUGUCCCUCUGUGAGGCGAGAAAGCGACGAGAGCCAGUGGAAGAAGAAUUGCUUUUAGCCAGUCAUUGCCAUGGCCUCCGAAAGCGGCGAUAGCAACAUGGAUAGAGAAAUGAUUCUGGCCGACUUUCAGGCUUGCACUGGAAUUGACAACAUUGCAGAGGCAAUCACUCUGUUAGAGCUUAAUAACUGGGAUUUAGUGGCAGCCAUCAAUGGAGUGAUACCACAGGAGAAUGGGAUCUUACAAAGUAACUUCGCCGGUGAGGCAAGCCAGGCCAGCAUGUACGGACCUCCAAGCCAAUCAGAAGCAGCCGAUGCAGCAGCCGGAGGUGCAGUUCCUCCUACCUCCUCUUCGUCUUCUUCCUCCUCUCCUCCAUCGUCCUCGACUUCAGCUUUUUGCCCAAGCAACUCUUCCUCCCGACACAUUGUAGAGCGUCAGCCCAGGAUGCUCAACUUCAGGGUGGAGUACCGACAGCGCACCGUAGAGCUGGUACUGGAGGAAGGCAGCACAGUCGGCGAAAUCAAACAAAUCCUCGAGACAGAGCUUGCGGUUCCAGUGUCCAAAAUGCAGCUGAAGGGAUGGAAGAGUGGAGAUGUAUCUGAUAGUACGGUGUUGAGAAGUUUACACCUGCCCAAGAACAACAGCCUGUAUGUCCUGACCCCAGACAUCGCCCCUACUGCCAGCACCAGCAAACACAGUGCUCUCCAAGAAUCAUUAAACCAGAACUUCCUGCUGGUCAUCAGCCACCGCGAGGCCCAGAGGGACUACAGUCUCAACUUCCCUGGCUCCAGAACCAUACAGGAGGUGAAGAGGAACAUUUCAGACUUGACCAACAUCCCAGUCCGGCAUCAACAGUGGGAGGGAUGGCCCGCCUCAGCAUCUGAUGACUCUAUGACGCUAGCUGUCUCUGGAAUCAGCUAUCCUUGCCAUCACCUCAGUGUUUGUCGAAGGUCUUCACCAGCCAAUUCCCAGGAGCCCACAGAAGAGUGCGCAGAUGUCCAUAUGGUCAGUGACAGCGAGGGGGAUGAUUUUGAGGAUGCAUCAGAGUUUGGUGUGGAUGAUUCAGAGAUGUUUGGAAUGGGCUCUUCUACCUGUCGGAAAGCACCUAUGAUGCCAGAAAAUAGUGAGAAUGAAGCUGAUGCCUUACUGCACUUUACUGCCGAAUUUUCUUCAAGGUAUGGAGAGACCCACCCGAUGUUCUACAUUGGGUCUUUGGAGGCAGCGUCUCAAGAAGCCUUCUAUGGCAAAGCCAGAGAUAGAAAGCUGCUGGCCAUCUACCUCCACAAUGAUGACAGUGUACUCAGCAACGUCUUCUGCUCCCAAAUGAUGUGUGCUGACUCCAUUGUCUCUUACCUGAGCCAGAACUUCAUUACAUGGGCCUGGGAUGUCACUAAAGAAGCUAACAAAGCCAGACUACUCACCAUGUGUACGAGGCACUUUGGCAGUGUGGUGACACAGACUAUACGGACAUACAAGACAGACCAGUUCCCCCUGCUUCUUAUAGUCAUGGGAAAACGCACAUCCAAUGAAGUUCUAAAUGUUAUUCAAGGCAAUACGACAGUGGACGAGCUGAUGAUGAGGUUAAUGGGAGCAAUGGAGAUCUUCACAGCACAACAACAAGAGGACAUAAAAGAUGAGGACGAGCGCGAGGCAAGAGAGACGGUGAAGAGAGAACAGGACGAGGCCUACCGUCUGUCUUUAGAGGCUGACCGUAAAAAGAGAGAAGCCCAAGAGAGAGAAGAGGCCGAGCAGGUUCGCUUGGAACAGAUGAGAAAGGAGCAGGAGGAGGAGAAGGAGGCAAUCCGUUUGUCAUUGGAGCAGGCCCUACCGCCAGAGCCAGAAGAGGAUUCAGCCGAGCCAAUCAGCAAACUGCGAAUCCGCACACCGAGUGGCGAGUUUCUGGAAAGGCGUUUCCUGGGCAGCUGUAAGCUCCAGGUCCUCUUCGACUUUGUGGCCUCCAAGGGAUACCCCUUUGAAGAAUUCAAGCUCCUCACCACCUUCCCUCGUAGAAAUAGUCAGAUGCUGCUCCCCCCGCCGUCUCUCCCUGGUGCAUCACGAGCACAAACUCUCAUCCCGAAUUCACUAAGAGCACACACAUCCACACACGCUGAUCUGUAGUCCACAGACACACGUCUUCUUACACACACGCACACACACACACACACACACACACACACACACACACACACACACACACACACACACACACACACACACACACACACACACACACACACCUGCUCCACCCCAAAGCCUCAUUUACUCCUACCUGAUGCUGUGGUGUCAUAACAGCCUGUCGGGUUCAUUAGCAUGGCAGCCAUUUGCGAUCUGUGCUCCUGAGGUGGGAAAAAGAACGCAGCAGCCCUGUUGGUCGUUUUCCCCACCGUUGGGAUGAAAUAUGUUUGCAGCAAACACACACACACAUCAUAUUACCUCUCUUCAUGGAAUCUCGCUCCCUGCUGUGCUAUGAGGCAGCUGAGUAGGUGAGGGGCAUAGGGUUGAUGUGGCAGCCCCUCCCUGCCCACACCAGGCUCCCCAGGAACCCGCUGAAAAGUCAAGAGUCUAAAUGACACGUUGAAAUGAGGACAAGGAGAUGAAAGACAUGGAGCCAAAGACCGCCGACGUGCACAUGGUGUGACAUUUCCAAACACCCAUGGGAGACGGAGGGGUUGUCUGAUGCUGAUAUGUCCUCCUCACCUUCCCCUAAUUUACUUGCCUUCCUUUUUCUUUUCUUUUUCUCACCCUUGAACACCCUCUAGUUUUACAGAAAUGUGUAGAUUGUUUUAAUUAUUUUGAGUUGUUUACUCAUAUCAAUGCUGAUUUCUUUCAUUUUCCUGAAAGCUAUAAAAUAAAACCGACAAAAAUAAAGUUAGAGGUCCUCUUUUGGUUAAAGUGGUAUGUUCAUUCAUUAGCACUUGCACAUUUUAAAAUGCUUGAUUGUUUUGAUACUAAUAGAAGUAAUAGGACAGAUUCUGCAGAAGGUGAAGUUGUGGUUCAGUUCAUGGUCUGUCUCACUCUAUCUAUCGCUUGUUGUGAGGUCGACCUUUACCACGCUAGCUUGCCCUCCGACCUUCUACAGAAAGUACAGCGAGCUGGUUAAUUAUCCCACUGUGAGGUUAGAAUAGGAACCCUAAUCAGAGGGGCUGACGCAGCAGUCAUCAGAUAAGCCCUGGACACAUCUUGCACCACCUCGCCCCUUCAGCCCAGGUGUUAGAUUGGCCCGCUGUAACUCAACCCCUCCGGUGAUUAGCUCACAUAAGCUAAGAGGCUCACAGUGGUGGUGGGUGUCAGAGAGAGAGUCAGAUUGUCCUGUUUUAAAAAACAUAGGUCAGACCCCCUUUCAUGUCAGCUAACUCGAUCAGCUCCGUUGUGGGUGGCGCUGCAUUAUUCCUCUGCUUAGCUGUUGUGCAGAGUUGCACACAGAUAAAUGUUUCUCUCUGACACCAUCAACUAUGUUCCUGUUUGACCUUUUGACAGCUGAAAUUAGUCAUCACUACAUCACUAUCAAAAACACGCUCUAUCCCCGAUACUCUCUGUCUCACACGCACACACACACGCGCACACACACACACACACACGCACACACUCCAAAGAGCUUUUAGAACACUCUCUCUCCUGUCCUGUAGCCUUCAUCAGUUUGUUCUGGAUUGGAGCCUUUUUAAGAAAACAAACCUGAUGGUCCUCUUAGGGAAACAAAGCUCUAGUUGCUCAGAUUACUGCCUAACUUUUUUUAAAACAUCAUGUUAGAAUAAUACACACCGUUCACACUCUCUUACAAACACACACACACACACACACACACACACACACACACACACACACACACACACACACACACACACACACA